CUCGGACUGACCCCGCCCCCGUCCGCGCGCCCCACCCCCGGGCUAUGAAAGGUCCCUUGCGUUGGGCCCCGACACCCCGAGACGCCCGUGUCCCUAGCGCAGGCGGGCGGCCCCGGAGACAUAGUGCCCGCAAAGGCGGUGACGGUGGUGCGCCCACUCAUCAUGAACACAAGCCUUACCCGAAAAAGCCACACAUUCCUGCCCAAGAUCUUCCUCAGAAAGAUGUCAUCCUCGGGAGCUAAGGACAAGCCAGAGCUGCAGUUCCCUUUCCUUCAAGAUGAGGACACGGUGGCUACUCUUCACGAGUGCAAGACGCUCUUCAUCCUGCGUGGCCUGCCGGGCAGCGGCAAGUCCACUCUGGCUCGGCUCAUCCUGGAGAAGUACCGCAACGGCACCAAGAUAGUGUCUGCUGAUUCUUACAAGAUCACUCCUGGCUUGAGGGCAGAGUUCUCUGAGGAGUACAAGCGUCUGGACGAGGACCUGGCUGGCUACUGCCGCCGGGACAUCAGGGUUCUUGUGCUUGAUGACACCAACCAUGAGCGGGAGCGGCUGGAUCAGCUCUUUGAAAUGGCAGACCAGUACCAGUACCAGGUGGUCCUGGUGGAGCCCAAGACGGCGUGGCGACUAGACUGUGCCCAACUCAAGGAGAAGAACCAAUGGCAGCUGUCGAUCGAUGACCUGAAGAAACUGAAGCCGGGGCUGGAGAAGGACUUUCUGCCGCUCUACUUUGGCUGGUUCCUGACCAAAAAGAGUUCUGAGACCCUCCGAAAAGCUGGCCAGGUCUUUCUGGAGGAGCUGGGGAAUCACAAGGCCUUCAAGAAAGAGCUUCGACACUUUAUUUCUGGGGAUGAACCCAGGGAGAAGCUUGAGCUGGUCAGCUACUUUGGAAAGAGACCUCCAGGUGUGCUGCACUGUACAACUAAAUUCUGUGACUACGGGAAGGCUGCCGGGGCAGAAGAAUACGCCCAGCAGGAUGUGGUGAAGAGAUCUUAUGGCAAGGCCUUCAAACUGUCCAUCUCUACUCUCUUUGUGACACCCAAGACAGCUGGGGCCCAGGUGGUGCUCAGUGAGCAGGAGCUGCUGUUGUGGCCAAGUGAUCUGGACAAGCCAUCUGCCUCCGAGGGCCUGCCCCCAGGGAGCCGAGCUCACGUCACAUUAGGCUGCGCAGCUGAUGUGCAGCCAGUGCAGACAGGCCUUGACCUCUUAGAGAUUUUACAGCAGGUGAAGGGGGGCAGCCAAGGUGAGGAGGUGGGUGAGCUGUCCCGGGGCAAGCUCUAUUCCUUGGGCAAAGGGCGCUGGAUGCUGAACCUGGCUAAGAAGAUGGAGGUCAAGGCCAUCUUCACAGGGUACUAUGGGAAGGGCAAACCUGUGCCCGUACAUGGCAGUCGGAAGGGGGGUGCCAUGCAGAUCUGCACCAUCAUCUGAGAGUUCAUACCACUGUACCACAGCUGUGGGCACAGCAACAUGCCUUCCAUUUGAUUUUUAAGAUAUUUUUUUUUUUACUCAAAGCUAACAUACCUAUAACUUUUUAGGAGUCUGUAAAAUAACCACCAGUUUCUUGUACCCACCCUCUUUUCCCUUAAUACCCAGCUCUCAACACAUGCGGGUGGGCAGAGGAAGAAACCUCUGACCAGAACCUAGACCAGAGGUGGCAAUAAAAGGGCUGGGUCAUUGGGCCUGAAUCGGCAUCUGCCCAGAUGCAAUCCAGGAACUUUUAACCCUCCCGUAGGCCCUGCCCAUCCAAAGCUGGGGACACACACCUCAGAGCUGCCACACAUCACGCUAGGGACAAAUGCUACUGCCACAGGAUAACAGUGGUAGUUUCGAGAGGGGUCGGAUCCCUGGGUGCCACUCUUAAUCACUAUAGCCCUUAGGGAGGCUUGGGCUAUUUACUGGGCUGUAAAAGGGAUUCGCCUCUCACCUUCGGUCAUUGCUGAGUCCCUGUCUCCUUCACACUGUAACUAGGGUAAUGGUGUGAUCAGUAGGGGAGGAAAUGGAAUUACCAGGAGCCACCUCUCUGGUUUCAGUCUGGCCAUCUACAGCAGCAUGUCUCUGCUGUGUGGACGGAGGCCAGGCUCGGAGAGAUGCCCUGAGGAGCUCCAGCUUGCCUCCGUGGUGCCUCUGAGCCUCCUCUAAAGGAGGGUGGUGGGUACCAAGAGCCAAUGGAGGGGACCCUGAGCUGGCAAGAGGAAGCCCCAUCUCCUGCUCUGGGAAAGUCUGAACAUGCUCGUGUGCUGUGGUUCUUGGAGUACCUCACUCUGCCUUCAGCUCAGUAAACAGUUGCUACCCAACAAUCUGGGAUUUAGGUUCCUACCCUCACCCUGUGCUGCCCACCUCAGCGACAACUAAGACUGAUACUGAAAUAAAUCAUGUUAAUCCCA